CGCGGGAAAUUACUUAUACCUAUGGCACGGGGCACCUAGCAUCUAGUCCCAGCGCUGCAGGUCAGUUUGGGGGUUCAGGUCCAGGGGCAAGGGAUCAGAGGGACACCACUGCCUGGCCGUCUCAGAAUCUGCAAGCUCUGCCGCGACGGACCCUGGGGCUUGUAGUUUUCGGCUCACCGAGAAGCCAGGCGCGUCCAACAAGAUGGGGCUCUGGAACUACAUUUCCCAGAAGGCCAAAGGACUCGGGGUCACCGAGAAAGCGCCCCGGCGGGCAGCGCUUCCUCAGCGCGAUGGGGCCGACUCCAGGGGUGAGUGGCUGGCUGCGCGAGGCCCCCGUGCUGUCCCUCCUGCGGCGGGCCGCCGGGUGAAAGAAACUGCGGGCCAGGGAGCCAAAACCAUGAGCAUUACUGCAUCGGGCCCCGACUGCUGCGGAGGCUUGGGCAAUAUCAACUACAGAAAGGCAGAUCUCUGCGUCAUGACCUGGCUGCUGCACUACGUGGACCCCUUGGAUCCCAGCUUUGUGGUGGCCUUUCUCACCAUUGCUUUCAAUCCGUUUUUCUGGAAUGUGGUUGCAAGAUGGGAGCAGAGAACCCGAAAACUGAGCAGUGCCUUCGGAUCCCCAUACCUGGCGUGCUACUUUCUGGGUGGCGUCAUCCUGCUGCUGAAUGUCUUACGCUCACACUGCUUCACACAGGCCAUGCUGAGCCAGCCCAAGAUGGAGGGCCUGGAUAACCCUACCACCUACGGCCUGGGCCUUGCACUCCUGGGUGUGGGCACCGUGUUUGUGCUUUCCAGUUUCUUUGCACUGGGCUUCACUGGAACCUUCCUAGGUGAUUACUUUGGGAUCCUCAAGGAGGCCAGAGUGACCACAUUUCCCUUCAGCGUCAUGGACAACCCCAUGUACUGGGGAAGCACAGCCAACUACCUGGGCUGGGGCCUCAUCAACCCAGCCCUGCAGGAGCCGUGGAAUCAGAGGCACGCCAGUCCCACGGGCCUGCUGCUGACGGUGGUGGUGGCCCUUGUCUACGUGGUGGCCAUCCUGUAUGAGGAGCCCUUCACCACAGAGAUCUACCGUCAAAAAGCCGCCAAGUCCCAUGGGAGAAGAUGACAGGGCUGCAGGGGCUCUGCAGGGGACCUAGCUGGCCUGCCCUGUCCCAAGGACCCAGCCCUGCUCUGGGGAGAGCAGCACCUGGCCAUUGCUCCUCUCCUGUUCCUGGCGUGGGCCACUCCAGUGCCUUGGGAACCACUGCCUUGGGGGUCCUGGACAUGCUGCCAUGUGGCCACCGAGCCCGCUGCGCCCUGCUGCCCGCACUGUGCCUACUCAACAAUAAAGGCACCCUGACUCCA